AUGUUGUCUCGAGUACGAUUGCAAAAAGUUCAGCUAUCAGACAAGAUGCCAGUUGGGCUGACAGAAAAACUCACUGUUGGAAUUACAGUUGUAAAUGAGAAAGUUAAAUAUGUGGAUCAAAGAUUUCAACUGUCCGAUAAAACUGUAGCAGCUCUGAUAGCAGCAGAGAGGAAAUUAAAUGACACUGGAUCAGAUGUCAAAUCUAACAGGUAUGUGACUUCUGGAGCAGCUUGGCUGAAUGGUGCUUUCAAUAAAGUAGCAAAGGCUGGACAGGUAGCUGGUACAAAAACUAAAAUGAAAUGGAAUUUAGCAUUAUCUAAUUUGACUGCAAAGGAUCGUCCUAUAGCUGCAUAA